AUGUCUCUAAAUUGGGAGUUGCAGGCCAAAAGAGGCAGAGACACCCUCGAAAAGUCUAUACCCAAGCAAUGGCUUGCCCCAAUAGACAGCCUGCCUCCUGCAACACAAAAGAACGUGGAGGAUUUUCCCCGCAAAAGCGGACUUUUGACUGAACGGGAGCUCGACAUCACGGCAAAGUCCGCCACAGCCCUUGUGACAGAGAUGGGAGUAGGCAGGCUGAGCGCAGAGGAGGUGGUAAUUGCAUUUUUGAAAAGAGCCGUUUUGGGACACCAGUUGCUCAACUUUGCAACUGAAUUCUUGGCCGACAAAGCUAUUGCACGAGCCAAGGAAUUGGAUAGACACUACAAGCGGACGGGAAAGCUGGUCGGACCGCUGCAUGGUGUUCCCAUCAGUGUUAAGGAGCACAUUGGAAUGAAAGGCUUGACUUGUAAUGCAGGAUACGUUGCAUGGGUGGAUGAUAUAGCACCUGAAGAUUCAUUGCUUCUCAAAUACCUAGCGGAAGCCGGUGCUAUCUUCCAUGUCCGAACAAACCAGCCCCAGUCGCUCAUGCAUCUAUGUUGCAACAACAACAUUACCGGCGCCACGGUGAACCCAUAUAACCGGGACCUCACACCCGGAGGCUCGUCAGGAGGCGAAGGAGCGGCCAUGGGAUUCAAAGCAGCCCCCCUCGGUAUCGGAACUGAUAUCGGAGGUAGCAUCAGAUCGCCUGCUGCUUUCUGCAAUGCUUAUGGAUUCCGUCCAACUGCUAUGCGAAACCCUGUUUCUGGUCUGAAAAUCCCUGAGCCUGGAAACGAGUCGAUCCUUGGCACGGUAGGGCCGCUGGCUAGCCAGAGCAUCGAAGACCUAGAUCUUUUCCAACGGGCAGUGAUUGACCAAGAGCCAUGGGAAAUGGAGGCAUCGUUGCCCCCUGUUCCUUGGAGAAGCGUUAAGCCUACCAAGGACAUGACGGUGGCCAUAAUGUGGGAUGAUGGUUAUGUCCGUCCUCACCCACCUAUUACCAGAGGCCUGAAACACGCCAAACAGAGACUCGAGGCAGCCGGGAUCAAACUUGUUGACUGGGAACCCUACAAACAUGAGCACGGAUGGGAAAUCAUCUCCGCCCUCUACUUCCCAGACGCAGCCCUCAGCCAACGCAAACUAAUCAACCAAUCCGGCGAACCCAUCCUCCCUCUCACAGAAUGGAUCUUCAACCAAGGCCGUCCCACCUCCCUCUCAGUAGCCGAAACGUGGGACCUCGUCACAAAGCGCGAAGUCUACCGCGCUGAACAUCACGAGCUCAUGAAAUCCCGUGGCGUGGACUUUAUUCUCAGCCCGGCUUUCAACGGCACAGCGGCCGUCAUGGGCGAAUCUCACUACUGGAAUUACACGGCUAUCUGGAAUAUCCUCGACCUGCCCUCUGCUGUCUUCCCGAGUGGAUUAUUCCAGGAUCCGGCCGUGGAUCUCGCAGAGGAAUAUACGCCGCGCAAUGAGGUAGACGCGCGCGAGUGGAAGAAGUACAAGCCUGAACGGUACGUCGGCGCACCGAUUGGGUUGCAGCUGGCAGGGAAGCAUUUCCGGGAUGAGGAGACGUUGGCUGCUGCGAAGGUUAUCUCGGACCUUCUUUUGAGAGAUGGCGAUGUUAAAGAGUCAAGACUUUGA